CGGCUGUGCUUUGCGAUGGUGGAGGACGUCAGUGCCGGGCUUGUGUGCAGUAUGUUAGACCCUGAGGGCAGUGUAGAGCACAAAGCGGAUCCCUCCUUCCCCAAAGUUUUUCUUAUCCCCUUAGCCAUGCUGAUCGUCAUAGGAGCGUUGCUCUUCUUAGCAUUUUCCGCCACCGAACCGAAAGAGGACAGUUUUUACUCCUAUAAAGUGGUGAACAUCAGGGGCAAGCUAGUUUCCCUGGACAAAUACAGAGGCUCGGUAGCCUUAGUUGUCAAUGUUGCAAGUGAGUGUGGCUAUACAGACAGCCACUACAAAGCCCUUCAACAGCUGCAGAGAGAACUUGGCUCAUAUCAUUUUAACGUGCUGGCAUUCCCUUGUAAUCAAUUUGGACUUCAAGAACCAGGCACCAACAAAGAAAUUGAGAGUUUUGCCAGGAAAACAUAUGGAGUCACCUUUCCCAUGUUCAGCAAGAUAGCAGUCAAGGGCACCGGGGCAAAUCCAGCCUUCAAAUAUUUAAUUGAUUCCACUGGUGAGGAGCCAACCUGGAAUUUCUGGAAAUACCUUGUAGAUCCAAAUGGGAAAACGGUCAAGGCUUGGGACUCUACUGUCACUAUUGAGGAAAUAAAACCUCACAUCACUGAACUUGUGAGGAAUAUCAUCCUGAAGAAAAAAGAUGAACUGUGAUUACACCCAUACCCACACCCACACACCCCACUAAUUCUUGAACCUCUGAUUAUAAUUUGGACCACUAUUUUCACUCUUCUCAUUCCUAAAAGAAAAUGUAAUUUUAAAAAAUUGUCAAUAUGAAUUCCAUCAACAUGAGUUACCUCCAUCCUCCAAGUACAAUACUGUAUUUUAUUUUUUGGUCUUGCAUUCAAUCCAUUAUUCAACCCAGAAGGAACUGGUUCUCUUCUCAGGGGAAACACACCAAAGGUCUGGGCUUUAUUUCCCAUUUCAAGUCACUUAUUGAUUGUGGUGAGGUGAAGAACAGAUUUGGAUCUCUCUGUAGGCAAAUAACCUCAGCACUCUAGGAUUUCCUAGAGAAAUAUUACUAAUAGCUACCCUAUCAUGAACUUGUUCAUCAAGGGCAAUUAUGAAAUGCAACCCAGAACAGGUAUAAUAGAUCUUAACCUGUGUGUGGUUUUAAGAUGCAGUUUUUAUGCUGAGAAACAAGAGCACAUUGACACUAUCUGUAUUUGCUUGCACUCACACCAGUCACAUUCCUUUAUCCCUGAGAAUCCAUACACUAGGAUGGAUCUAAGAAUCCUGUGGUUCUAUUCAAUGAAAAUGAGAUUUUUCCUGCAAAUUAUUAUUAUUUUUGUGAAUGGAAGGAAACAUUUGGACCCAUUAAUCCCAAACUGUUGCAUUCCUGUGUUCUGUCUGUUGUCAUUCAGCAUUUUGCAUGUGCUGAUUUAUUGUGAUUUAAAAAAAUAAUAAUAAUAAGCAACUUCCUUUCAAUUGCCGCAAAGUCCUCUUAGGUGUGAACUGAAAUUUAGCAUUGUUAGAGCAGAGGUGUGGUUGGUGAUGUUCUUGAUGGCAUGUGUUUUUGGUUUCCUACCUUUCUGGCCCUCUCAAUUUCCAGAGGCAUCUACCCUUAAAAAAAUCAUUACUGAAACUGACAAAAGAUUUCAAUCAUCUUUGCCUCUUGCCUUGAUAAGCCUGGUGAAACAGAAACUUUGCAGAUGUUCGAAAAGCUUUCUCAGCUGUGCACACCUACAUCAGAGAACAACUUAAGGCUUUCACCCCACUUACACAGGGAGUCUUAGAAAGGGUUGUGAGUUUCACCAAGUUUCUCCAGAUUCAGCAUGGGAUGGGUAGGUGCCACUGAAAGAGCUGCUUCCCCUUCACAUAGAACAGGUAACCAACCUGGUGGCAUCUGAAUGUUGAGGCCUACAGCUUGCCUCGUCCCUCACCAUUAGUCAUGCUAACUGUGACUGAGGGGAAUUGAAGUUCACAACAUCUGGAAGCCUCCAAACUGGCUUCCCAUGGGAUACAAAAUAGGUAAUGCUCAAACAGUGAAUUAGAGCUCACAUAGGGCUUUAAAAAUAUUUUUGUUGUUGUCUGGAAGCAUCCAUAGAUUUCCUUCAGUUGUAAUUCAUGUUGUUGGAAUUUAGUGACUUGACUCAGAAAAGGAAGUACAUACUGUAUGUCAGUUUAUAACCACUGGUGAAAGGAAUGGAGAAUUUUUGUUGACUGAACCAGAAUAAAAGGAGAUUCCUACAUCAUUUUAA